AUGUUGAAGUUUGCCAUUCUUGUCUGUUUAUUAGGGUUGGCGGCAGCCACACCGUCUGUGGUGAGGACCCGGGAAGAGAUAGAGUCAUUUAGAUCCUUCUUGGAGAACACCAAAAUUAACACAGAUGACGGUGAAGCGUUCCUCGCUCGCUCGAAGGCUUUCCCCCUCGCGAACCCCGAGGAAAUCAGUGGCAAAUACGAGGGAGACAUCAUUGUUGAUGACUUCAUCAUCGCAAACAUGAUCCAGGAGUAUGCUAUGGGCCGUAAUGCAUACACUUGGCCCAAUACUAAGUGGCCUGGAAAUGUUGUCGUUUGGGAAUUCGGAGAAGGCGAGUUCGGACCCCUGCAGCAAGCCGCCAUCGAAGAGGGCAUCAGGGAUAUCGAGGAGCAUACCUGCAUCAGAUUCCGUUACAGGCAGCCUGGAGAUCAAGCGUUUGUGAGAGUUACUGGUGGAUCUGGCGGUUGUUACGCUAAUGUAGGAUAUUGGGAGACACGUGGCGUCCACACCUUGAACCUCGCCCGCAACACGCCAGGAAUUGGCUGCUUCCGCCACGCCACCAUUGUCCACGAGUGGAUGCACAUUCUUGGCUUCCUGCACAUGCAGUCCACCUGGAACCGAGAUGAUUACGUUAGGAUCGCUGAGGAGAAUCUCACUCCUGGCACUGAGCACAACUUCGCUAUCUACACCGCGGAUUUGGUUGACAACUUGGAGAUCGAAUACGACUACGUAAGCUGCCUCCACUACGGACCAUUUGCCUUCAGUAGCAACGGCCAACCCACCAUCGUCGCCCUCCAGGAGCAUGAAGGAGAAAUGGGUCAACGUAUUUACAUCACCGACAAGGAUUGGUUAAGAAUCAACAGGCACUACGAAUGCCCAGGAGCAUGGAAUAAAAGCACGCAAUAA